AUGGCGGCGAGCGGGUUGCCCGCGACCGCCGCCGCGUCGCCGUGUGACGCGCGCGCCGUUGACGCGCAGCUUCUGUACAACAGCUGUGAGGCCGCCGCCGUCGCUCGGCUGCGGCGCGGCCACCGCCACGUCACGGCGACGCGGGUGUGCGCGGGGGCGGUCGCCGCGUGCGUCGCCGGGGCCGGGCUCAUCGCGUCGUGGCAGCACCGCCGCAUCUACCGCGUCUGGCGGCUGCGGCACCCGGCGCGUGUGGCGCAGCAGCGGCGACUGAUGUGGGCCCUUGCCGCCGCCGGGGUGACGCUGCUGCUUUUCCUGCUGAGCCCCGUGGGGUUCAUGGCGCAGCACGAGGCGAGGCUGCGCGAGGUGCGGCAGCUUGACGGCAUUGCGGUGCAGGCGCUGAUGCUGAAGCGGCGGUACGCGGCACUGUCGUCGCGGGCGACGGCAGACUCGGCCGCCGCCUACGAAUGCUGCGAGGAGGCGUGGGCCGCACUCCUGAAGGAGCGCGUGGCGAUUGACGAAAACGUGUAG